AGGCUCUUUGGCUUCCGAUCCUUUGGUGUUGCGUCGGGGGUGCUCGAGACGUUCUGGAUGAAAUAAUCCGAAAAUCCCAUUGCUGGAAUCUUAACAUGGCGAUUCUGUGUGGAAUUGGAGAGAUCGUAGAGCUUGCAAUUCUGAUGAAAUAUCUCUUAUAAAUAAGUUCGGCGUGAAAGAGAAAAAUAUAAUGAUGAUUUUGCGCACCACCACGGCAACACUGUGCACAACCAUUUUAGAAUGAACUCGCUAAAGUGACACUUCUAGAUUUGUUCAUAAAUAUACCAACUUUUCGCGCUUUAAUCUCGAACAAAUGGCAAUUUCGGAUUUUUAAAAUUUCCGCCGAGAAGCCUGGACGAAAAUUCAUUAUAAUCAGUCCGUAUUUGCCGCGGGAGACCGGUCAAAUUUAGGAGUUGUGACUUCCCCGCGUCGUGCAGGAACAGUGUUUAUGCUGAGUUGAAUUUGGCUUUAAAUUAGCUGGACGGCGGGAAACUGACUCGGAACGGCAGAAUGGCUACUUCACAGCAAUUUUCCCUGCGCUGGAACAACUACCAGAGUCAUAUAACGUACGCCUUCGACAACCUGCGCUCCCAGGAUGACUUCGUUGAUGUGACGCUUUGCUGUGAUGGACGCAAAAUAAAGGCGCACAAAUUGCUCCUGUCAGCUUGCAGUGGCUACUUUAAGGAGAUAUUUAAGGAGAAUCCGUGCCCUCACCCAGUUAUCAUAUUUAAGUUUAUCAAAUACGAGGAUUUGCAGGCGAUAAUUGAGUUCAUGUAUCAGGGAGAGGUUAACGUGCAACAAGAAGCUCUCCAGUCUUUUUUGCAAACUGCCGAGUUGUUGUCUGUGCAGGGCCUGACUUCCGAAGAAAAAGACAAGCCGAAAUCGACAAAGUCGCCCCUCGAGCAACGAUUGAUUGAGGAGCAAUUGGUUAAGACACUUCCUGCCACCGUGCGUACAGUGACCACAGAAAGCAAUGCCCAGACACAGACACAGACCAUAGAACUGCAGGCGAACAUAAUACAGAAUUCCGGUGCGGAAAAGAAAGCUAACUUUUACAGAGGACGACGAUUCGGUGUAUACAGAGACGGUGGAGUUUGUCAAGGAGGAGGAACCCACGAUAGUGAAAAUAGUAGGAGUUGGAAAUUUACACUAAUGCCAACAGAAGUUCAGUUCAUCCCAGCCACCAUGAAAAUGGAUAUGCCUGAUUAUAUACAAGUACCAGAAAGUAGUCAGGACGACAGAAGUCACAUACGCAACAAGCUUCAACAAACGUCGCAAGAUACUACAACUCAAACGACAGGGCAAUUCGCUUCGAGUUAUGAGAUUUUAACAGAUCAAGCGACGUACGAAUCGGAAAUGGAGAAUAAAUUUUCAGGGAAUGAUGAGACGGAAACCGGCGAAAUGACAUCAGUGGAAAUGGGAAGAAUUUUCAAUUCAAAUUCAGGCGAGGGGAACGCAGGAGAUAAAGCGAAUAAUUCCUCACAAGAAAACGUUGGACCCGGCGAGUACUUGCAAUGUUCGGUUUGCAACCGCCAUCUACAGUCCGCAGCGGCUCUCAAACGCCACGUUCUCUCAAAACAUGGAUCCUUGAAUGGAAAGCAUGACUGUGAAACUUGCAAAAAGAGUUUUAAAACGAAAUGGUCGCUGUCUACACAUAACUCUAGGUUUCACAGAUCAGAUCGAAUACAAAAGGAAACAAUCGAUUUAACAUUUAGCUUCUAGUUAGAUUAUCGAAGUACUUAGUUUUAAUUCUGAAGGCACCAAUAUGACUAAUGUUAAGAUUAUAAUUUAAGAAACAUAAUGUAAUGCGAAAAUGAUGUACAUACGUGGUGACAUGUUAGAUCGCAAGAGAUGAA